CCUUUAAUAUAAGAGUAGAUCCUGGACUGACUUACACACCGCCUUUUCGCCAUUUACUUGUUCCGAUCUCGAACAUGAACACGGACACACUGUCGACAACCGGAAACCGAGAUACCAAAGAAGAAAAAACAACUCAAGAUGGUGUAACCAACAAGAAAGAGAUGGCGGUUGAAGUUGAACGAAAAACGGGUAUUUCCUUUCCACUUAAGCUAAGUGAUGGGAAGGAGUUGAAAGCUGUUGGUGUAAGGAAGAAAAACGUGCUCGGGUUUUCGGUCAAAAUCUAUAGCUUUGGUUUAUAUGUGGAUAACGAAAUAUUGAUGGGUGUUUUGAAGUCAAAGAUAGUGAAAGCCGAAGCAAAGGCUACAAAAGAGAUGUAUAGAAUUGUGAUUGAUAAUCCAGUGGGGAUCACAGUGAAAAUGGUGAUUGUGUUUUCUAAUCUUACUACGAGCAUGGUAAGGAACAACUUUAAUGAAACUGUAGGAGCAGCUGUUAAGAAGCUCGGUGGUGAAAAAAACGAUCUCACAAAGAGGAUUAUGGGGGAAGCGAAAGAUGGCAUCAAGCUAACUCUUGGUUCUGAAAUCGAGAUCACAUGCCUACCAGGAUACGUUCUAGAGACAAAGGGUGCAGAAUUUUAAUUAAAAUGUAUUCUUUUACGGUGCAGUGCAUGGCAAGGUGGUAAAUAAAUUUGAAAGUGAAAUGCUGUGCAGGGCCUGUGUCUAUUUGUAUCUGGGAGAUGACCCAUUAGACAAGGAAGCCAAAGAAAAAUUCGGGAUGUCCCUGCUUUCACUCAUCUAAAUGCUACUCUAAGCAGUUUACAAAUUGUUGCAAUCACACAUUUAUGAGAUUCUUAAGGUGUUUUCAUACGCAAAACAAUACCAUUAAAAAUACUGAAUAGAUACAUAAAGUCUCUUGUGUGUAUAUUAUAUAUGUUGCUCAAGAACCAGAUAACAAAAAUUGAUAACAGUGGUUCAUAACUAUAAAAGAGAGGCUAUUUGUUGAUCUAAUUAUACCAGGUGUACUUGGUGGACCAGAUCAUAGCGAAGUCCAACAUUCUCACUGAUCAACUUGAAUAAUAUGGUUAUAUAUAACAAGGAGAUUCUUU